AUUUUUUUUUGUUCAUUUAUCAUCAGCCACAUUUCUGUCUGUCUGUCCUAAACCUGAGCCUCUGCUCCCAAUUUACUCCCUCCAUUUUCCCCCCUCUUCUCUCUUGUUUUUCUUCAUGAAUUUUCACAUCACAGUUUGGGAAAAGCUUCCCUUGUUCUCUCUCUUUUGAAACUCAAAACCAAAGAGAAAAAAGAAAAAAAAAAGAAAGAAAAGUUGAAUUGAAGGAUUAGCCCAUCUGCCCUUUCAUUUGCCAUUAGCUGUUUGUUUGUUUGUACUGCUUUUCUCUGUCAUGUACAAACCCACAAACACAAAAACACAAAUUCCCUCUUCCCCUCAAACCUUUUUUCCGUGGGUUGAUUUGAUUUCUCUCUCUCACCCUUUUCUUAGAAAUCCUCGAGAUUAGUGUCUUUGAUUGAGACUUCCAUCACUUCCCUCUUCCUCUUCUUCUCAUUCUUCUCUCUAUUUUUGGGUUUUUUUUUUAAGCAGAAACAGAGAGUAAUAUUAGCAUCUGAUGGAGAGAGGAGGCUCUCAUGGUGAGAGCCUGCCUGAGAACAACAAAAACAACAACAAACAGCAUCAUCAUCAAACCACCAAAGACGAAGAACAAGAAGAACCCACCACUCAAAACCACUUUUGUUAAACAUUUGAGAUACCCAUUUCCAUUUCACUCCCAAAAAGGCUGUAGAAUAAAGCAAACAAGAGAUUCCUUGAAUAAGCAGAUGGAUACAAGCAAGUAUGUGAGAUAUACGCCUGAACAAGUCGAUGCAUUAGAAAGGGUUUAUGCAGAAUGUCCGAAACCCAGUUCGUUGAGGAGGCAACAGCUCAUUCGGGAGUGUCCCAUUCUCUCUAAUAUUGAGCCUAAGCAGAUCAAAGUUUGGUUCCAAAAUCGCAGAUGUCGUGAAAAGCAAAGGAAGGAAGCUUCUCGUCUUCAAACAGUUAAUAGGAAGUUAACUGCGAUGAACAAGCUGUUGAUGGAAGAGAAUGACCGUUUGCAGACGCAGGUCUCUCGUUUGGUUUACGAGAAUGGAUACAUGAGACAGCAACUGCAUACUGCAUCUGGAACAACCACAGACAAUAGCUGUGAGUCUGUGGUCAUGAGUGGUCAACAGCAUCAACAGCAAAACCCAACUAAGCAUACUCAAAAGGAUGCUAAUAACCCAGCUGGUCUUCUUGCGAUAGCCGAGGAGACCUUGGCAGAGUUCCUUUCCAAGGCAACAGGGACUGCUGUCGACUGGGUACAAAUGAUUGGGAUGAAGCCUGGUCCGGAUUCAAUUGGGAUUGUUGCUGUUUCCCGAAAUUGCAAUGGGGUAGCAGCACGAGCCUGUGGUUUAGUGAGUCUUGAGCCCAUGAAGGUGGCCGAAAUUCUCAAAGAUCGUCUGUCAUGGUUUCGUGACUGCCGUUGUGUUGAUGUUCUAAGUGUAAUCUCUACAGGAAAUGGAGGGACCAUAGAACUCUUAUAUAUGCAGACAUAUGCACCUACAACUUUAGCCGCAGCACGUGACUUUUGGACUCUUCGAUACACUACAAGCUUGGAAGAUGGCAGCCUUGUGAUAUGUGAGAGAUCAUUAACAUCGUCUACUGGUGGUCCAUCAGGGCCCCCUCCAUCCAGUUUUGUAAGAGCUGAAAUGCUUCCAAGUGGGUACCUUAUUCGAGCUUGUGAGGGUGGUUCUCUUAUUCACAUUGUCGAUCAUGUUGAUUUAGAUGUUUGGAGUGUUCCUGAAGUUCUAAGGCCCCUUUAUGAAUCGACAAAGAUUCUAGCUCAGAGAACGACCGUUGCUGCCUUACGCUAUGUUCGGCAAAUUGCUCAAGAGGCGAGUGGUGAAGUUCAGCUGGGUGGGGGCCGCCAACCUGCUGUUUUAAGGACUUUCAGUCAAAGACUUUGUAGGGGUUUUAAUGAUGCAGUAAAUGGAUUUGUGGAUGAUGGUUGGUCGCUUAUGGAUAGCGACGGAGUUGAGGACGUGACAGUUGUUAUUAAUUCAUCUCCAAACAAAUUCCUCGGUUCACAAUAUAACACAUCAUUAUAUCCUACUUUUGGAGGUGUAUUAUGUGCCAAGGCAUCAAUGUUGCUCCAGAAUGUUCCCCCUGCUUUGCUUGUUCGUUUCCUACGGGAGCAUCGCUCAGAAUGGGCUGAUUAUGGAGUCGAUGCAUACUCUGCUGCAUGUCUUAAAGCCAGUGCAUAUGCUGUUCCGUGUGCAAGACCUGGUGGCUUCCCUGGUGGUCAGGUCAUUUUACCACUUGCACAUACGGUUGAGAAUGAGGAGUUCUUGGAGGUUGUUCGGUUAGAGGGCCAUGCUAUGUUCCCUGAAGAAGCUGCUUUAGGAGGACGGGAUAUGUAUUUAUUGCAGCAGCUGUGUAGUGGGGUCGAUGAAAACACAGUUGGUGCCUGUGCUCAGCUUGUAUUUGCACCUAUAGACGAAUCAUUUGCUGAUGAUGCUCCCUUGCUGCCGUCUGGUUUUCGUGUCAUACCAUUGGAGUCCAAAGCAGAGAUGCCUGGGGCUACUCGAACUUUGGAUUUGGCAUCUACUCUAGAAGUCCGACCUGGGACUAAUCGCCCAGGAUGUGAAACUGAUGUUACAAACUACAACCUUAGGUCGGUCUUGACUAUUGCAUUCCAAUUCACUUUUGAGAACCACAUGCGGGAUAGUGUGGCUGCUAUGGCAAGACAAUAUGUGCGAACUGUUGUGGGGUCAGUUCAAAGGGUUGCCAUGGCUAUUGCUCCCUCGCAGCUUGGCUCCCAGAUCGGUCCAAAAAGCCUUCCUGCCUCCCCUGAGGCUCUCACAUUAGCUCAGUGGAUCACACGAAGCUAUAGAAUCCACUCAGGGGCAGAGCUCUUUCAAGUUGAAUCUCAAUCUGGUGAUGCUAUAUUGAAGCAGCUUUGGCACCACUCAGAUACAAUCUUGUGCUGCUCUGUCAAAACAAAUGCAUCUCCGGUAUUCACAUUUGCAAACCAAGCUGGACUUGACAUGCUGGAAACUACCCUUGUUUCUCUUCAAGAUAUAACGCUCGAGAAGAUCCUCGAUGAUGCUGGUAGGAAGAUACUAUGCUCCGAAUUCUCCAAGAUAAUGCAACAGGGAUUUGCAUACCUUCCAGCAGGGAUAUGCGUCUCGAGUAUGGGCAGACCGGUGUCGUAUGAACAGGCUAUUGCCUGGAAGGUUCUGAAUGAUGAUGAUGUCCAUCACUGUCUGGCUUUCAUGUUUGUAAACUGGUCCUUUAUGUGAUCGAAAAAUGGGGUUAGAUUGGGUUAUUUAUUUACUAAGUUGUUAUAAAAUAUCAAUCAAAACAAAAAGAUUAGUAGAUGUGAAUGUAAUUUGCAGGAUUUGAAGGUUAACUUUAAUGUGCAUUGUGAUUUUGUUUUUGGUUAAACAUUUGGUAUUAAGCUAUUAUGGGAAAAGGCUCAUUGCAUCAAUGUCUCCAAAUAGACCAAUUCAAAUAUGGUUGAAAUUCGGCUUA